AUGGCGCCGCCAAAGGCUGCCGGGGCAACGGCCAAGAAGCAGCGCUUGACGCUUUCGCAACUGGCUGCUUACGACGACAUUCUCACAGAUGCGCUCGUCGACCAUGCUUUUUAUUGGACUACGGUUCCCAAGAAUCGCUCGUCUUACCAUCCGUCACGGGGGAUCCGGGAGGGCGAGGUGGCCAAGAUCAUCCAGGAAGAUGUUGUCGUAAACAAGGACCUUGAGGCGGCCGAGAAGCGGCUGUUGACGUCUGUCGAUGGCCUCAAGAGGUAUGUCAAUGGCCUAAAGCUGGACAAGGAAAAGGCCGAUUUUGUGCAGCAUCUGCGACGAUAUCUUCGCAUCUACAUGCCCGACUGCCCUUGGGAGGUCAGCACCACCAACCGAUACACCAUUGUGACCCACGAAGCGUGUGUCAUUGCCAGGCGAUACAUUAAGCGCAAUGAGACAAUCAAGUACCUUUCCGGCAUACAAAUCAACAUUACCCCCGAGGAAGAAAAGGAAAUCACCGUCCGGAAAAAGGACUUUAGCAUUGUCGUCAGCUCUAGGAAGAAGCGCACCAGCUUGUUCAUGGGACCGGCGCGAUUCGCCAACCACGAUUGCCGCGCAAACGCCAAGCUCAUGACCACAAGCCAGUCUACCAUCGAGAUUGUCGCCUCUCGGCCCAUUGAAGUCGGCGAGGAGAUUACAGUCACAUACAGCGAUUGCUAUUUUGGAGACGAUAACUGCGAGUGUUUAUGCCGAACAUGCGAAAAAGAGCUGAGGAAUGGAUGGGCGCCCGGAGAUGAGGCGGUCAACGUAAAAAUUAGCGUUGAAAAGGAUGAGCGGAAAGAGACGUACUCUCUGCGCAGAAGGCGGAGAGACGACAGCAUUGGCGGCUCCUCGCGCACUUCCUCGGUGACUCCCGACAUGCGGCCGCGCAUUUACAAGACGAAGCCAAAGGUGAAGAAACAGGAUGCUCAGGACACGUCUGCGAUUCCAACUCCCGCGCCAGAAGCAACGCCGCGCGGCCGAAAACGAACCAUGGACGCAAUGGCAACUCCACCAAUCACACCGGCCAAGAAGCUGAAGCUCUUCGCGGCCUCAAGCGUUGACGACUCCUUGAGCACCAGGAGCGUGACUCCCAGCCAUGCGGAUGCUCCGGAGACGGAUACCGCGUCGCCCGAAAAGGAGAGCCCACAGCCAGAGGCACACACGCCGCCGAGAUUCUCAGCAGAACGCUUAGACACUGCGAAGGACGAAAAGCAGCACGCUUAUAAAGAUACCAUCAACAUCACAGUGGAGCCAGUUUCUCCCCAGAGCAUGGGAAGCCGUGCGUCUCCCGACAUGGUGCCGGUAGAGGCUCCUGUUCAGCCGCUCCCCAGGCCACGGCAGCUGAUAACCAUGUCUAUUUCUUCCAUUCUCAAUGAUCCCUCGGCCAUUGAGGAUCCUGCAGAAGCAUACUAUCCUUUUGUGGCGAAUGUCCGAGUCGCCGGUCAGCCCGUAGUUGAAUCAAAGUUUGAGCUCAUAUCCGAACCAGAAGAUGCACAGACGGAACAACCAAAACGCCGUAAACGAGGAACCGCAAUCCCCAAACAAUCAACACCGCCCCCAGCUCGACUACGCAAACCGGGAGACUAUGUGCUCACACCAUUACUUCUUUCGGAGCCCGACAUGGCGUGGAUUCAGUGCACCAACUGCAGCGACUACUUUGUUCAGCAGAACGCCUAUUUCACACGGUCAUCUUGCCCUAGGUGUGAGCGGCACUCAAAGCUGUAUGGCUACGCAUGGCCCAAGACGGAUAAGACAGGGCCUUCAGAUAAAGAAGAGCGAAUCCUCGAUCACAGGAUGAUACAUCGAUUCCUCGAUUCCAACGACGAGCGGAGGGCAAGAGGUCGCAAGCUUUUGAGCGAGACUAGAGACGAUACACAGGAGAUGGAUGAAGAGAGAGGCAGGGCUUCCAAGAGAGGGCCCAAUAGAGCGGGUAAUACAAGCCAGAAGGACGGAGAUUCAAGAGUUCGACGGAGUGGCCGCGCGAGGCGGAUGAGCAGCAAGCUCAUUGAAGGGUGA